GUUCACCACACCACCAAAACUUAUCACUCCUCCACUCCACUAAACUCGCAUCGGCUCCAAACUCAGAAACCUGGCUAGAUCGUAUCAGGAUCGUGUCAUGUUCUGUGAGAGAGAGCCACAAAAGAAAAGCAUUCCUAGGAUUUGUCAGUUCGCCACCACGGCUCGAUCCAUAGGCCAUGGCCCUACGAUCGUCCUACUAUCCCUGCUCCUGACCCGGGCAUCUCUGAUUCUAUCACUUUGUGACUGUACGACUCUGCUCAGCGCUUCAGGGUGGCCGCCGCUAUUCCUGAGGAGUCCCUUGUCAAGUUCCAAUUUCGACCAGGACGGUGAAUGUUUCGGUGACGCUUGGCGGACGAUGGCACACCAGGCGAUUGAGAUCAAUUCAUUGCUGCCUGAAGCAAUGCUGCUGUAACAAUCUAAGCCCUGUUUUGAUCUCUUGCUCGGUGUUCACUCUCU